AUGUCGGGGUUGGGCGCGGCGGCUGAGGAGAAGACAACCUUCAAACAGCGACCCCAGGUGAAGGUGAAUGAAUAUAAAGAAAAUCAGAACAUCUCUUAUAUGUCUCUGAGACCAGUACAGACUACAGUAUUAGGGAAAACAGCUAAGGUUUAUCUUGCCCCCUUUUCAUUCAGUAAUUACAAGCUAGACCAACUUAAGUGCUCCAAAUCCCUAUUGGGAAAGAAUGCUAACAGUGUAGUAGCAUAUAAGAAGCGUAAGAAGACUGAAAUAAAGAAAACUUGCAGAAGGAUUUUAACACCAAAGAUGAAAGCCACAUCACCUAAGGCAGGAUCCACUUACCAAAAAUCAUCCUUAGAUGCUCAUACAGAAGGUAACAAGCUAUCACCCAAGAGCACUUCAGAAGCAAUGAUUCUCAGUGUUGAUAUGGAAAGCAGUCAGGAUGGAGACAGUGAUGAAGAUAGCAUACCAGGCCUGGAUGAUUUUUCAGGAUUGUCACCAUAUGAAAGGAAGAGACUGAAGAACAUAUCAGAAAAUGCAGACUUUUUUGCUUCUCUUCAAUUGUCUGAGUCAGCUGCAAGGCUCCGUGAAAUGAUAAAGAAGAGACAGCCUCCUGAAUCCAAGAGAAAGAAGCCUAAGAAGAGAGAAAAUGAGAUUGGAUGUAGAAGGUCAAUGCGAUUACUAAAAGUAGAUCCUUCAGGAGUUCCAUUACCACCAACUCCAAUACAGCCGACAUUACUAGAAGAUGAAACUCCUUUGUUACCUCCUGGGCCUUUAGAAAUGACUCUUGAAAAUCGAGAUGACAACAACGAACUAUUUAAAGGAUUUCUGCAGACAUGGGCAGAAAUGAGCAAGACAAGUAGUAAGAACACUGAGAAGGGGUUAUCUAGUAUUAAAAGCUACAAAGACAAUUUAAAUGGCAUGGUCAUUAGUGAAGAUACUGUUUAUAAAGUUACCAAAGGCCCAGUAUUCUCUUUGGCUGUCCAUCCUUCAGUAACUAGAACUUUGGUAGCAGCUGGGGCCAAAUCUGGGCAAGUUGGACUUUGGGAUUUGACCCAACAACCUAAAGAAGAUGGAGUUUAUGUUUUUUAUCCCCAUACUCAGCCAGUUAGCUGUCUUUACUUCUCACCUGCCAAUCCAGCCCACAUACUGUCACUGAGCUAUGAUGGCACAUUACGCUGUGGGGAUUUUUCCAAGGCUAUUUUUGAAGAGGUAUAUAGAAAUGAAAGAAGUAGCUUUUCUUCCUUUGACUUCUUGGCAGAAGAUGCCUCCACUUUAAUAGUAGGACACUGGGAUGGAAAUAUGUCACUGGUGGAUAGACGGACACCUGGAACUUCUUACGAGAAACUUAUCAAUUCUUCUUUGACAAAAAUAAGAACCGUUCAUGUCCACCCAGUGCAUAGACAGUAUUUCAUCACUGCAGGAUUAAGGGAUAUUCAUAUUUAUGAUGCAAGGCACCUGAAUCCCAGAGGAAACCAACCUUUAGUUUCUUUGACUGAACAUGAAAAGAGCAUUGCUUCCGCCUAUUUUUCGCCUCUUACUGGUAACAGAGUGGUGACCACAUGUGCAGAUUGUAAGCUGAGAAUUUUUGACAGCAGCUGUAUAUCCUCUCAGAUUCCUCUCCUUACCACCAUCAGGCACAACACUAUCACUGGGCGAUGGCUGACCAGGUUCCAAGCCAUGUGGGACCCUAAACAGGAAGACUGUGUCAUAGUUGGCAGCAUGGCCCAUCCACGACGGGUAGAAAUCUUCCACGAGACAGGAAAGAAGGUGCAUUCUUUUCUUGGAGAAUGCCUUGCCUCUGUGUGUUCCAUCAAUGCCAUGCACCCGACUCAGUAUAUUUUGGCUGGAGGUAAUUCCAGCGGGAAGAUACAUGUUUUUAUGAAUUAAGAGAGCUGCUGAGUUUUUGGCUUAGGAACACCAAUUUGUUCAAAUUCAUCACUGUCUAAGGAACCUAGUAAUUUACUUGGCUUAUUGUGUUCACUUGGCAAUAUGUUAUAUUUAGCAAAUAUAAAAUUUAUUAAUAAGAACUAUGAACAGAAUGUACUUUUAGUAAGGGAGAUGCCUUGGAGGUUGUUGCUACAGGAUGGGGAGGGAAUUUGAGGGAAGGCUGAGAUGGCUUCAGCACU